GGCGCCCUUCUUGAUUUCCGAAUUGCGCUACAAUGUGCGCUCUGAACCUUGAUAUCGAUGCUUUUGAGAGAAGGAUCGGUAGAUUGUAUGAAGACUGGCAGGACUCUAAAAGCCAACUUUAUGAUGUAGAAUCCAUCGCAAUACCAACUGGGAAAGUUGAAAGCGUAUAUGGCAAAACGCUGUCACUGCAUAUGUGGCUUUUUGGAUAUGAGUUGCAGGAUACAGUGAUUGUAUUCAAUAAGCAGUCAAUGGUUGUCUUGUGUGGGAAGAAAAAGUUGGAUUUCCUACAACCACUAGAGAAUCGCCAAUUUGGCAACCGCACAGUCGUUCUUAUUCCAAGGAACCCAGCUGAUAAAGAUAAGGCAGGUAUCAAGAAGCUUAUUGAUAGCAUGAAGUCUGCCGGGAAGAGUGGCAAAGUUGGCCAUUUAGCGAAGGACAAAUUUGUAUCGGAGUUUACUGAAGCUUUCUCCUCAUCCUUACGAGAUGAAAACUUCCAACUGGUUGAUAUCUCAAACUCAAUAAGUGAAAUUUUGGCUGUUAAAGACGAUACGGAAUUAGCUUUGUUGAAAAAGGCUUCAGAUGUUACGUGCAAUCUUUUCACCAAACACCUGAAAGAGCAGAUAAUGGACGUCAUCGAUUCAGACAGGAAAGUAAAACAUGAGAAGCUCUCUAGUGGUUGUCAAAGUGCCCUACGAAAUCCAAGCCUUCUGUCAGGUUUGGAUCCUGACAGCGUGGAAAUGUGUUACGAUCCAAUAGUUCAGAGUGGAGGGACAUACAAUCUUAAGUUCAGUAUUGAGAGUGAUUCCCGUAUUCUACAUUUUGGAAUUAUUCUUUGCUCCUUGGGAGUACGCUACCAAUCCUACUGUUCUAAUGUAAUUCGUUCACUAAUGGUAAACCCUACUGAUGAACAGUCAUCCAAUUACAGUUAUCUACAUGAUCUAUUCGACUGGUGCAUUGAGCAAAUUAAGCCAGGUGUUAAGAUAUCUGACUUUUGUCAAGCUAUCGCGGAUAAAGUUUCCUCAGAACGUCCUAAGUUGGCUGAAAAUCUCUUGCGUAAUUAUGGGUUUGUAACAGGGAUUGAGUUUCGGGAUAGUAAUCUUUUACUGUCACCAAAAUCCACAUCAAUUUUUCGUCGAGGAAUGACGCUUAAUUUUAACAUAGGUUUCCAGAAUCUAGUGAAUGGUAAUGGUAAAUCUCAGGCUGAAAAACAAUAUGCUCUCUGGUUAGGUGAUGUGUUAGCCGUGGGUGUUGGCGAUAGUGGAGGAAAUACAGUGUUCACAUUAGCUGCAAAACGUCGUCCUAAAUCAAUCAGUCUGUAUAUAAAAGAAGAAGAAGAUGAAGAAGAAGAGGAUGAAGAUGAGGAAGUGGAUGUUGGAAAACAAAUAUCCGGAGAUAAAAAGACUACACGUUCCACAAAUGGAACCAGUUCAGCUGCAAGCUCUAAAAAGCAAACAAUUCCAAAUGGUGAUGGAGCUAUGAAUGCACAAGAACUGCUUGGCAGAGGACAUCGUCGAGCUAUUAUUGAACAGAAAACACGAAGUGAACAAACUGCUGAAGAGAAACGUAUGAAUCGACGACGUGAACUAUUCGCCGCUCUAGUGCAAAAUUCUACCAAUCGUCUUACAGGAUUAAAGACUGAUACAAAUCUAGAUACAAAAAUGAAAUCUAGUAUUGCAUACAAAGGAGCUGGACAAAUGCCAAAAGAAGAUGAUGUCCGUAAGCUACGAUUAUUUGUUGAUAAAAAGUAUGAGACUGUCAUCUUACCAAUUUUUGGACUGCCAACACCAUUUCACAUUAGUACAAUAAAAAAUGUCUCUACAUCCAUUGAAGCCGAUUACACAUAUUUACGUAUAAAUUUUCACCAUCCUGGUGCAUUGGUUGGUGCAAAGGAUACUGCUAGCUUCCAGAGCCCUGAAUCAACCUAUGUUAAAGAGAUGACAUAUCGUGCUUCAAAUGUACGUAGACAUGGAGAAGUCACUAUACCAUCGACAAACUUAAAUAAUGCCUAUCGAAUUAUUAAAGAAGUAUUGAAACGUUUUCGUUCACGUGAAGCCGAGGAGAAAGAACGUGCAAAUCUUGUAGAACAAGAUGAUUUAAUUGUGGAACAUGCAAAAGGCGCUUUUCGUUUAAAAGAUUUAUAUAUUCGUCCAAAUGUGGCAUCUAAACGGAUAACAGGUACUCUCGAGGCACAUACAAAUGGUUUCCGUUUCACCUCAGUUCGUGGUGAUCAAGUUGAUAUUCUGUAUAAUAAUAUCAAGCAUGCCUUCUAUCAACCAUGUGAUGGUGAAAUGAUUAUUCUAUUGCAUUUCCAUUUGAAGAAUGCAAUAAUGUACGGCAAAAAAAAGCAUACUGAUAUUCAAUUCUAUACAGAAGUUGGUGAAUUGACCACAGAUUUGAGUAAAACACAUUCACGUAUGCAAGAUCGUGAUGAUUUAGAAGCAGAACAAAGGGAACGUGAAAUGCGAGAACAGAUCAAGAUGGCAUUUAGAUCUUUUGUAGAUCGAUCUGAAAAUUUGGCGCGUCGAUAUGAUUUAGAGUUUGAAACACCAUUCCGUGAACUUGGAUUUCAUGGUUGUCCAUUCCGAUCAACUGUGUUGAUGAUGCCUACAAGCAGUGCAUUGAUGAGUGUAGUUGAAUUACCAGCAUUUGUUGUGACAUUAGAGGAAGUUGAAUUUGUCAUGUUGGAACGUGUCAGUCUAUCAAUUCGUACAUUCGACAUAGUGUUUGUCUUCAAAGAUUAUCAUAAGAAGCCAGCUAUGAUCAAUUCAAUUCCAAGUACAGCAUUGGAAUUGGUGAAAGAAUGGUUGUUAUCAUGUGAUCUAUUCUAUGCUGAAGCAACCAAAUCAUUGAAUUGGUCUAAACUCAUGAAAACUAUUCUUGAUGAUCCUGAAGGAUUUAUUGAACAAGGUGGUUGGUCAUUUAUAUCACCUGAUGAAGAUGAUGAUGAAGAUGAAGAAGAUACUGAAGACGAAGAUGAAAAUUAUGCACCAUCGGAAAGUGAAUUAUCUGGUGACGGUGAGGAAGAUGGUAGCGGUGAAGGUUCAUCAAGUGACGAUGAAGAUUGGGAAGCUGAAGAGGACUCAGAGGAACCAGAUAGUUUAGAUUCUGAUGAAUCAGAAGGCAAAGAUUGGGAUGAAUUAGAAGAAGAGGCUAGAAAAGAGGAUGCUAAAAAUGCAAUGGAUGAGGAGGUUGUAUCAAAGAAACGUCCACGAGCUCGUAGUCCAUCACCAGUAUCACGUAAAAAAUCUCGUCAUGGCGUCAGUUCGUCGAGUAAAAAGCAUAAACAUCGAUAAUAUGAUUUGCACUGCAUAAUCUCACCUUUAUCCCCAACUCAAUGAAUGAAAGAAGGGACGUUGAUUAUUAUUAUUACUGGUAAACUAUAGACAGUAAAAGGCAUUUUUCUUUCCUGCAGUUCUCUUUUCGUAUUACUGAAUUCAUUGUACAGAAGAGUGUGUUAAAUUGAAUUUUAUGUCCCUAAUUUGUUUUUGUUUUUCUGAAAGGAAACCCACUCAAAUAAUUAUAAAUAUAUAAAUGUUUGAUUCACUUUCCAUUCCAACUAUAUUAUAUGAAAUCUGAGAGAAACUCUUUGAAUUCCAU